AUGAGUGACCAGCCAUUAUCUAUCUAUCUAUCUAUCUAUCUAUCUAUCUAUCUAUCUAUCUAUCUUAGCCUGUUUCUAUCUAUCGCAGAAUAUAUGCAUGUAUAUAUCUAUCUCAGUCUGUUCAUUAUCUAUCUAUCUAUCUAUCUAUCUAUCUAUCUAUCUAUCUAUCACAGUAUAUACAUUUCUCUGCAUAUAUCUAUCGCUAUCUCCGUCUGUUUGUAUGCAUGUAUGUAUGACCAGUUUGUGCACAUAUAUAUUUCUAUCUUUGCAUAUAUGUAUCUCCGUUCGCUCAUUAUCUAUCUAUCUAUCUAUCUAUCUAUCUAUCUAUCUAUCUAUCUAUCUAUCUAUCUAUCUAUCUAUCAUAAGAUUUCUCUGCGUGUUCAUUAUCUAUCUAUCUAUCUAUCUAUCUAUCUAUCACUGUCUGUUUCUCUCUUCUCCACUACUCCCUCUCUCUGUGUAUCUGUCUGUUUUUCUCUCUAUGCGAAUAUGAACCUUGCCUCUACUGUACAUAUCUAUCUCAGCCUGCUCAUAUCUAUCUAUCUAUCUAUCUAUCUAUCUAUCUAUCUAUCUAUCUAUCUCCGUCAGCUCAUACCUAUCUACCGAUCAAUCUAUCCCAGUCUGCUCAUCUCUCUCUCUCGCUCUCUCUCUCUCUCUCUAUCUAUCUAUCUAUCUAUCUAUCUAUCUAUCUAUCUAUGUCAGCUCAUAUCUAUCUAUCUAUCUAUCUAUCUUUCUAUCUAUCUAUCUAUCUAUCUAUCUAUCUAUCUAUGUCAGCUCAUAUCUAUCUAUCUAUCUAUCUAUCUAUCUAUCUAUCUAUCUAUCUAUCUAUCUAUCUAUUCUCAUUAUCUUUCUGUCUACAGCAGUAUCUUCGCAUCUAGCUACGUAAUCUCAGUCGGUUCACAUCUAUCUAUCUAUCUAUCUAUCUAUCUAUCUAUCUAUCUGUCUCAGUCUGUUAACAUCUAUCUCUAUCUAUUUAGUCUAUAUCUAUCUAUAUCAGUUUGUCCAUAUGUAUCGAUCUAUAAGAUAGAUGUCUAUCACAGUCUAUUGUCAUCUAUCUAUCUAUCUAUCUAUCUAUCUAUCUAUCUAUCUAUCUGUUGUUACAACACUAUCUAUAUCAAUUUGUCUAUAUCUAUCUAUCUAUCUAUCUAUCUAUCUAUCUAUCUAUCUAUCUAUCUAUCUAUCUCAGUUUUUCCACAUGGAACUCUUGAUACAGAAUUAUCUCUCAACAAAAUAAAAGCAGCAGGACCAUUUCUCUCUUUCCCUCUCUUUCUUUAUCGUUCUCUCUCUCUCUCUCUCUCUCUCUCCAUUUCUCUCUUUCUGACUUUCUCUACCUCUCUACCUCUUUCUCUGUUUUUUCUCUCUCUCUUUCUCCAUUUAUCUCAUGAUGUCUCUUUCUUUCUAUCUCUCUCUUCCCAUUUCUCCCUCUCUCCUGUUCUGUCUGUCUUUCUGCCUUUCUCUCUCUCCCUCUUUCUUCAUAUAGCUGUUUCUGUCUCUCCCUCUCUCCUUAUCUUUGUUUCUCUAUUUCUCCAUUUCUCUCUUUCUGUCUCUCUCUAUUUCUGUCUCUCUCUUUCGCCAUUUCUCUCAUGCUGUUUCUCUCUUUUUGUUUGUCUCUUUUCUCCAUUUCUCUCUUUCUAUCUUUCUCUCUCUCUCUGUUUCUCUCUUUCUGUCUCUCUCUCUUUCAAUUUCUCUCUCCAUUUCUGUCUGUCUAUCUGUCUUUUUCCCUCUUUCUCCAUAUAG